AUGCGCCACUUCGACACCUGGGUCGUCCGCGACCCCUACUCAAUCUGGCACUACUACCCAACCAACCACCGCUGGACUGAAACCGUCCGCGACCUCAUCAUCUCGCGCGCAAUCUGCUCUCCCAACGCCACCUCCUCAACCCCAGUCGACCCCUACACCGAGCACCUCAACCCGCAAACCAACUCCUCCCUCCUAUCCCGCUUCCCGCCGGAAAUCCGCCAAAUGAUCUGGUCCUACGUCUUCGGCACCGACACCCUCCACCUCGUAACAAUCAAGAACAAACUCCGCCACGUCCGCUGCCCAACCCCAAACCAGCAAUCCGAACUCACCCACCACCGCCACUGUUGUCCAACCACCCCGGCCCGCUGGCGCGUCUACGAUGGCCGCGUCCCAGGCCACUCGGACAGACUCCUCUACCCACACACCCACGAACGACUCCCCGAGCUCGUCAGCAACAGCAACGCGGCUCUCCUGCGAACUUGCCGAGCCAUCUACGCCGAAGCAGCAGACGUGCUGUACCGAAACUCCACCUUCGACGUCGAUGAUCUGUACACGUUCAUCGCAUUCAGCAACUCCGUCUCCCCGCGUGCGCUGCGCGCGAUCCGCAAACUGACUGUCCAGUGGAUGCCUGUCUGGCAGCCUUUGGCCGGGCUGGAUCACAAGGGGUCUAUCUAUGCGCAUACGCACAGUGAUGCGUUGUGGACGCAGUUCUGGGCGCGGGUUGCCUCGUUGCCUGCUCUGGCGGAGCUGAAGUUGAGUAUUGAUCUCGGGCGCUUCACGGGGACGGUUACUGGGGGUGGAGCGGUGGUUGUUGCCGGGCAGAGAUUGCCGCUGGUGUUGAAGGAGAGGUGGUUGUUGCCGCUGUUGAAUGUUAGGGGGUUGAAGGAGUUUGACUUGGCUGUUACGGCGCGGUGUGAUGAGGCGGCGAAGGGCGUUAUUGAGGGUGGGUUGGUUAGGGAUGCGGCGGUGCUGAGGGAUCAGUUGAGGACUGUUAUGUGCAGUGAGGCUGGGGUCGGGUUGGGGGAUGUGCAAGGGUUGGAGGUGGAUUUGGAGAUGGUUUAUGAGGAGUUGAUGGAGGAGAAGGGUGGGAUGGGGAAGAAGGGGCGGUUGAUGAUUACGGCUUGA